CUAAACUAAAAGAAUUUUUGCUAUUAAUAGCUUUUGUUGGAAUUAAAAAUUCUCUGUCAGGUCAAGGUCUGCUUGGAAUAGAUUUAAAUACAUCACAUUAUAGUGAAGUUUAAUAGAACGCACGUAAAUCGGCCUGCAUGCCAUCCUCACAGAUAAAAGCUUAAUGUUGCACGCACGAUUUACGUUUGCAUAAUGGGUCGAUAACAUUAAAACGUGCUACGUGUCGUUCUUUGUCCUCGAACCGUUUUUUUUUAUCUACACUAUUUAUAAUAAAAACACAAUUUUAGAAACUUUAUAUACAUAUAAAACUUAUUUGCGUCUAUUCAUAGAAACUAUAUGUAACAGCUUUUACUUUUUAUCGUAUAAAUUUGUAUAAUUGUAUUUUUAUUAUUUUCUUCUUCUUUAACAUACUGUAUUUUCAGUAGAGCAACUGUCGAAGUUUCACAUUUAACACUAAACAAAGCCGUCACAGCAACUUUUCGCAAUACACGCAAAUUCGAUUAUAAUUACAUUUGAUAGAAUCUCUAUAUUUUAAAAAGAUAAUUCAAUGACAAAGUCGCUACUAUUAUUUGUUCCGCAAAAUGCACCUUCCAAAAGGAUUCUUGUUGGAAUUUUUAAAAUUGAAAGAUUUAACCCUAAUCCCUCCAAUCAUGCCUUUCGUGUCCCACGCGUUUCUAAGGUCAUUUGUUCCGGAAAACCAACGGCCGUGGGAUAAUCCCCCCAACCCCUAAAGAAAGUUAUUAUAGUAGGGAACAUCAGGUAGAAAUUCCAGAGCUAGGGCUCUGAACUAGCCCUAGCUCUGAAAUUUCUAUCUAAUGUUCCCUUUACUCUCGAAACGACAAACAGUCAAAAUCUCGUUGAUUAAAUGACGGAAAAAACAUUGGAGGGAUUAGAGCCGGUUAACGUUAAGUCCUAUUGCAAAAAAAAGGAGAUUUGUAGAUCAUUUGCCGAACUUUAACAACAAUUUUUUUUCACUUCUCCAAUCCUUCCUAUACUUCUAAGAGUGGGCUCUCUUGCUCCCUGCGUGGGGGUAUAAAUAAGCUCCGGUGUUCAAUGACUGUUUUGCGGAGUUAGACGACGAACGACAUUCAAACGGUGAUGAUCGACGUGCGAGAAUCCCGAAAAAUCGUUGAAAACAUUUGUUUGUGAGAAAGUGUCUUUCUGUGUUUAUUCCCGAAUUAAAAGUAUAAUAUGAGGCUCCAAAGAUUUCAACGGCGGCUCUGUCAAUCACUAUCACGAUGGAUUCCGGUACGCAUUUGGAUCUGCGUGAUGAUGUUCACCGCUUGCUGGACCAGCUACGCGUGCCGCUUGCAAAUGCCGAUUCUGGUGGUACCGAUGAUCGAGGAGCCGGCGAUCAAUCACACGGUCAGCGGUGUGUGCGUGUUCAAUGAGUCUCGACGACGCCGCGACAUUGUCAUCAAUCCACUCGACCCUGCCAGCUACCUGGACCAAUAUGUUCUGGAUCUCGUCCAGGAAGAGCGGGAUAGGAAACUGCUGCAUUCGUUGCAACGUCGCCAAGCGCAACCAGUCGCGACGCGAUCAUCAGAUACACCCCUCGCACUUUUUAGCGGCCUGCCGUUCGAUUGGUCCCCGACGGUGCGGGGCCAACUGCUGGCCAGCUACGCUUACGGCAACGUACCCGGCAACUUCAUCGGCGGCUGGUUGUCCCUGAGAUACGGGCCACGUCGCGCAGUUCUCUGGACAUCGGUCCUGGCCGCGUUGAUCUCGCUAAUCACCCCGAUUCUGGCACAGUGUCAUUGGGGCUUGUUACUGUUCUCCAGGAUCAUCAUCGGCAUCACUGGCGGUGUCACCUUUCCCGCGUGUCAUACCAUGGUAGCAAAGUGGGCACCGCCGCACGAACGGGCGCGCUUCAUCUGGUCUUUGCUGGGUGGCACGUUUGGUACGAUACUGACCUAUCCAAUGAUAGCUGGUAUCGCAGAGACCCUGAACUGGGAAUCCGGCUGGUACAUACCAUCCCUGUUGAUGCUAAUGUGGGUCUGCGUGUGGGCACUGGUUGCCUAUGACUCGCCAAGGGAACACCCGGGCAUCACUGUCGAAGAGAAGGACUACAUUUUAACCGCUCAAGCGGGAACGGUGCGCCCCGAGAAACCCCGGUGGAAACAGACCCCGAUGCGGGAGAUAUUAACAUCGGUGCCGUUUAUCAGUUUGAUCAUAUGCCAUUUUGGGAAUCUCUUCUUAUUGUUCUUCUAUCAAAACUCGCUCAUGCUGUACUUGACGAAAGCGCUGGGAUUUCAAUUAACGAAAGGCGGCGCCGCGGCCGGCGCGCCGUGGGGCGCCAGGAUGCUAUUCGGGUUCUUCUUCAGCUGGGCGGGUGAUACCAUCAAGAGGAAGCAGCUCAUCACCGUUACCCUCUUGCGCAAACUUGCGACUAUAUUCUCGCAUCUUAUACCGGGCGUCUUCCUGAUAUUAGUCGGCUACGUCGGAUGUGACUUCGUACUAGCGAACGUCUUUCUGUUCCUGGCAUUGGGCUUCAACGGCGCUGCCCUUAUCUCCAAUCUGUCGAACAAUCAAGAUCUCGCGCCGAACUUUGCUGGUUUCCUUUAUGGUAUCAUGAAUACAAUCGGUAGCAGUUCCGGUAUGAUUAUCCCGCCGAUAGUCGAAGAAAUAGCUGGCAAAUACGGGAAUCCGAUUGACAGAUGGCAGAUACUCUUCUGGAUAGGCGCCGCAGUGUGCAUUGGGAGUAUGGUUGUGUUCCUGUUCGGAGGUAGUGGUAAUAUACAAAAAUGGAAUGAACUACGACCGCUUGAGGGACCAAAGGAAAAUGUGGAGGCUGGACAAACCAAUUUGGAACCUAUCGAUAAUACUGCGCGAACUUAACUGACGGUUCUAAAGAAUUCAAAAUCUUUGUCUAGCAAUGACACGUCGUAAACGGCACGAUAGAAAAGUUUAAUUAUUGACAAGGAUGUUCCUUAUAAGAGUCUAGGAAACAUUUGAAAAAGACUGAAAAAUUAGGACGUUUUUAAGAUUAGAAAAAAGUUAACUGAAGAUUGUUUGAAGACUUUUAAAAGAUGUUUGAGACACUAAGCUAUUCAAAGGAUGCCCGAAAUAGAAAUAGAAAUAUUUAAAAAAUGUCUACAAGAUCAGAACACUUAAAGAAUAUGUACAAUAUAAUUAUAUCGCAUAGUCCUUUGCAUAACUUCGUGUUCGUUAUUUAUCUAUCUUCACGUUUGAUAAUGUCGUUUCAUUAAACUUCUUUAUAUAUUUAUAUCGUGAUCACUAUAGUUAAAUAAAAAAUUAUCAUUUCGUUUAUUUCAUUUUAUCUUCGCAAUCAACUGAUGCACAUAUCAGAUGGCCCGAAACUACUGAACCGAGACCAUCUCGUAUAUAUGCAAGAAUCGAAUAAUAUCAAAGUGAUAAUAGCGUAGUAAUAAAUAUAAUAAUUUUUACCUGAA